AUGCCGCUCACCGCGCGCCCCGUCGUGCGCUACGUCGCCCUCGUCUUCGUCAUCAUCAUCGCCCUGCACUCCAUCCUGACGUUCACCCACGCGGGCUACUCCCGCGCCACCUCCCUCUCCUCGCUCCUCUCCCCCGCCGCCUCCGCUUCCCCCGACAAGGUCCCCGCGGAGUACUUCCAGGACGUCGUCCCCGACUACGCCGUCGGGCUCCCCAACGCAAACCCGGACCCGAACACAAAUCACAACGGCCACCUGCUGGUACGCAAAGCGAACGCGACCCUCCUCAUGCUCGCGCGCAACUCCGACCUGGAGGGCGCGGUCAAGAGCGUGCGCGAGGUCGAGGACCGGUUCAAUCGCAAGUUCGGCUACCCGUGGGUCUUCCUCAACGAGGAGGAGUUUUCCGAGGGGUUCAAGAAACGCAUCUCCGUCCUCACCACCGCCCCCGUCUCCUUCGGCCGCGUCCCCGCCGAGCACUGGUACCCGCCCUCCUGGAUCGACGAGCAGAAAGCCGCCGCCGGGCGCAAGAAGCUCCAGGACGAGGGCGUCAUCUACGGCGGCAGCGAGAGUUAUCGCAACAUGUGUCGCUUCAACUCGGGGUUCUUCUUCCGCCACCCCCUCCUCACGCAGUACCGCUACUACUGGCGCGUCGAGCCGGACGUGCACUUCCACUGCGAGGUCGACUUCGACCCGUUCCUGUUCAUGGGCGACCACGGGAAGGUGUACGGCUUCACCAUCACCAUGUACGAAUUCGAAAAGACCAUCCCGACGCUGUGGGCCGCCGUGCGCGCCUUCGUGGCCGCGCACCCGGCGUACGUCGCGCGCGAGAACGCGGCGGCGUUCGUGAGCGACGAUGGGGAGGGGUAUAAUUUGUGUCAU